UUGUACACAACAUAAAGUAAAACAUUAACCUAAAAUAUUAGUGAUAAUUUUUCUCUUGCAGUGUAAAAGUUGUGAACAAUUUUUAAAUUUUAUUUAUACACACAAAUAACUUUUUAUUAAUUAAAUCAAUAAUAAUAAUAAUAUUAAUUUAUUGAAAUAUAAAAUUUAAUUGUAAAGUAAUUAAUUAUUUUAAAAUAAUUUAAAAUGGAAGAGGAUAAAAGUACUAUGUUAGCUGUCCUUCAAUUACUAAGGAAAUAUAAACUAAAAGAAACUGAAGAAUUAUUUAAAAAAGAAGCCAAUUUAACAAACAUUCCAACUGAUGAAAAUCAACAAACAGAUUCAGAAGUAAAUAGUGUACUGGCAGCUUAUAAAAGUGAAGGAGAUCCAGCAUUAUAUGAGAAAGCGUAUGCUGAAUUGAAAAAAUUUGUCGAGAAUUCGCUAGAUAUUUAUAAGCAUGAACUUGGAACAAUUUUAUAUCCAGUUCUCGUUCAUAUGUACCUGGAAUUAGUUUACAACAAUCACUCAGAGCAGGCUAAGCAACUGAUGGAUAAAUUUGGUUCAAAUCUCGACGAUCAUCAUCAGAGUGAUCUAAAACGGCUCUCUACUGUCACCAAACGUGAACAAAUGGCGGGAAAUGAAUUCACAGAUACAUUCAAAUCCAAUCAAUUUAUCAUACGAAUAUCACGUGAUACUUUGUCGAUAUUAAAACGUCAUUUACAAGAAAAGAAACACAGCGUGCUGUUAAAUAUUAUACAAGAACAUCUUUAUUUUGAUAUGUACGAAGGUGUUGCUCGGAAUAAACAACAAAUCGACGCUACUUCCGGUGCAACACUUGGAGAAGCAACUAGACAAGAUAACAAAGCAAAAGUAUAUUACGGUCUAUUAAAAGAACCAGAUAUCCAAUACGUCGCGCCAGCAGACGAAGAAGAAGACGAAGCGAACCCCGGAGCUGAAGGUGAUAAACCAAAAAAGAAAAAAGCAAAAAAAGAUCCUCUUUUUUCGAAAAAAACUAAAUCCGACCCCAACGCGCCGCCAGUUGGUCGCAUGUUUUUGCCAAACUUAAAAGAUGCCGAUAAAUUGGAAAAAGUAAAAGCGCUUCGCGAAGCGUCGAAACGCAUAACUCUGGGACCUGAAUCACUGCCGUCAAUAUGUUUCUACACUCUGCUGAAUGCAGUACACACAGUAACGUCCGCUGAAAUAUCCGAGGACUCGAGUUUGCUGGCAGUUGGGUUCAGUGAUUCGACUUUGAAAGUGUGGAGUCUCGUGCCUCAGAAACUGCGGGCCAUGAAAUCAGCCGAUGCACUGGCAGACAUCGAGCGCGAGGCUGAAGAUGUCCUGGUCAGAAUGAUGGACGAACGUACCGCCGAGACUGUAAAGCUUCUUCAUGGCCACAGUGGUCCGAUUUACAGUCUCACGUUUAGUCCAGACCGUAAUUUAUUACUUUCGUGCUCUGAAGAUGCCACAAUACGUUUAUGGUCACUACACACAUGGACAUGUGUAGUUUGUUACAAAGGCCAUUUAUUUCCCGUGUGGUCAGUACGUUUUUCACCACACGGUUAUUAUUUUGCAACUGGGUCUCAUGACAAAACUGCCAGACUAUGGGUCACUGACUCACAUCAACCGUUGCGUAUUUUUGCUGGUCAUUAUUCUGAUGUUGAUGUCGUACAGUUUCAUCCGAAUUCAAAUUACAUUGCAAGUGGAUCAAGUGACAUGACCGUGAGAUUAUGGGACUGUGUCAAUGGUGCCCAAGUGAGACUGAUGACUGGACACAAGGCUCCUAUUUACGCACUAUCAUUUUCUACUGAAGGAAGAUUUUUAGCAUCCGCUGGUGCUGAUAAUCGGGUACUAGUUUGGGAUCUAGCGCAUGGUCAUCUUGUUGCUGCCUUGUCUGGACAUACGAGUACUAUACACUGUCUGUCAUUUAGUCGUGAUGGAAAUAUAUUAACUUCCGCUUCAUUGGACUGUACGAUUAAACUAUGGGACUUCACAAAAUUAGCUGAGGAAAUGAUUCUCGAGGACGUGAACGUCACCCAUAAUCCGGCCGUAAAAUCAGCGUCCGAGUCGUACUUGCUUCGAACAUUCCCCACUAAAAAUUCGCCCAUACUUGCGCUGCAUUAUACGCGGCGAAAUUUAUUGUUAAGUGUGGGAAUGUUCGAAGCACAGUAAAUUAAUAAAACAAUUCUUGAAUAGGUUUUUUUAUUAUUAAUUAUUAAUAGAUAUUUAAUAUUAGGAAAUAAAUGUUAAAAGAUUUUCUAUCAUUAUUUUUAUGUGACAAAUAUGACUAAGUGUGUAUAUAAUAAACUUUCAUUGCAAUAUA